AUGGGACCACCCAGGAUCACCUUCUACUUUGACAUUGGUAGCCCGUUCAGCUACACCGCAUUUCACGUUCUUCAGAAUUCUCCUCUGUUCACGGAAUGCAUAAUCGACUAUGUACCUGUACUUCUCCGGGAUUUGUUCCAAAAGUGCCAAAAUCCACCUCCAAUCUUAGUUAAGAAUAAGGCGCAAUGGAUCAACCGAGAGCGCCUUUAUUGGGCUCGUCGGUUUGGCGUUCCGAUGACCGAGGCAGUGCCCAAAGGCUUUCCCGCCUCGACGAUCGACGCCCAGACGGUGCUGAGCCUGAUUGCUGAGAGUUCACCCGAGAAGCUUGUCGGUGUCACUGGUCAGCUCUUUCACACAUUUUGGGCAAAAGGCGAUACAUCCAUUAGCACAGCAGCAAAUCUCUUUCCACUAAUCGAGAGAGAGCUUGACCAAGAAGUUGCCAGCCGGAUUUUACAGGUGGCAGAAAAUCUGGAGUCGAAAGAGCUUUUGACAGACAACACGCAGAGGGCGUUUGAUUCAGGAGCUUUUGGAUUACCUUGGUUUGAAUGUAUCAACGCCGAUGGCGAGAAAGAGGGCUUUUGGGGCAUUGAUCACCUGGGCCGUGUUGCUGAUUUUCUUCAUUUGAAUACGAGUUUGGACCAGUCGUUCAGAGUUCUGCUCUGA